CAACCGAACCUUGUUCUUUCAAAUUUGUCGCUCGGAGGAAGUGUGAGGCAAUACUGAUUGUCGAUUACAACUUUUUUUAAAACGCAGUUGUUUAUCAAAGGAGCAUAAUGGGAGAUAUACCAGAAGGUGAUGCAACUAAGGGAGCCAAGAUCUUCAAAACUAAGUGUUCACAGUGUCACACUGUAGAGAAGGGUGGUAAACACAAGACAGGUCCAAAUCUUCAUGGUUUGAUUGGAAGGAAGACUGGACAGGCUCCAGGAUUCUCCUACACAGAGUCAAACAAGAACAAGGGUAUUACUUGGGGACCAGAUACACUGUGGAUCUACCUGGAGAACCCAAAGAAGUACAUUCCUGGAACAAAGAUGGUUUUUGCUGGUCUCAAGAAGAAAAAUGAAAGAGCAGAUCUCAUUGCCUAUCUGAAGGAGGCCACAAGCAGCUGAAACCAAGCAUUUGAAUUUAGUUUGUCCAGUGACAUGCGACUACAUGGAUUUGACCUACUUUCUAUCGAGCAUGUAUCAUAUUAUUUGAAGACACUAGAGUGAAUUGCUGGAUGUGUCUGGAUUGCAUAAUUUAAUUUGUACAGGAUGUGAACAGUAAUUUUUCAAGGCAACGCUUUGUUUUAUGUUCUGAUUUUAAAAGGCUGUGAUGGUAAUAAAACUUUUUUAGUUUUAUCUUCAA